AUGAUAAAUACCGUCAAUAAGGUGUCUAAACCUGCUGGAGAGCAGCCUGAUGAGUUUGAGCUGUCCAUUGGCCAGGCUUUGGUGGACUUGGAAACUAACAGCGACCUCAAAGCUCAGCUGAGAGAACUGUACGUCACAGCUGCAAAGGAGAUCGAUGUCAAUGGCAAAAAGGCAAUCAUCAUCUUUGUCCCAGUCCCUCAGCUGCGUAUGUAUCAGAAGAUCCAAACCCGAUUGGUAAGAGAAUUGGAGAAGAAGUUUAGUGGAAAGCAUGUAGUCUUUGUGGCACAGAGGAGGAUUCUUCCAAAGCCCACCAGGAAGACCAAGUUCAAGAACAAGCAGAAGAGGCCACGCAGUCGUACCCUGACUGCUGUUCAUGAUGCUAUCUUGGAGGAUUUGGUCUUUCCUGCUGAGAUAGUUGGGAAGAGGAUCCGUAUUCGUUUGGAUGGAUCACGUCUCAUCAAGGUCCACCUUGAUAAGACCCAGCAGACGAACAUUGAACAUAAGGUAAAAAUUUCUUUAUAUUCGAUAAGGCAUCCUUUUAUUCUAUAA